UGUGUGAAGGAGAGUUCCAGCGUUGAACCGUAAAUUCGCGUCGUGCUUUGGAAUAAGAGCGAGAAUGAGGGUUCAAUGGCAGACAAUCAAACACGUCUUCCUGUUUGGUGAAAUGAAUCAACGUUGAUAACCAAAUGGCAUCAAAUAAUAAAGACUCAAUAACCUGGUAUCAGAAAAAGAUUGGCGCUUAUGACCAACAGAUAUGGGAGAGAACCAUAGAGCCGCCAAGUGUGAUCAAGGGUUUCAGAAACAAACCAAAAAAGACGGUCUGUUUAAAACCUGACUUGAUUGAUGUUGACUUGGUUAGAGGUUCCGCAUUUGGAAAGGCCAAGCCGGAGCGCCCCUGGACCGCACUGACCAGGAAAGGGAUCGUGAGGGUGCUGUUCUUCCCCUUCUUCUUCCACUGGUGGAUACAGGUCACCUCAAAGCACAUCUUCACAUGGCUCCUUGUACUUUACAUCCUGGAAGUUGUGGCUGUUCUGCUUUACAUGCAGGCUCCUCUGGCAAACACCAGCGAGCUCCUUGGACCCAUGUUCCUUAUGCUUCUUCUGGGAACAGUCCACUGCCAGAUAGUGUCCACCCAGUCCUUCAAAACUCCAGGGACCAGCGGAGCCAGGCGGAGAAGGAAGCUGCGGAAGUCUGCGAGCGGGGAUGCCUUCAGGGAAGCAGGGGGCUCCAAUGGUGCUGGUAGAAAGCACCGGGGAGGAGGCCCUGCUGAAGUGGCCUCACUGAUCAGUGGUUUCUGCAGAGACUACAGGGCCUGGCUCUUUUCAAAUGGGACAAGGGCAGGAAAGAAUUCUGGUAAAACAGAAACUGAUGAUAGCCUGGGCUCUCAAGUGAGCAUCAAGUCUGACCUGAAGGAGAGGAAGCUGGGAGAGAGCAAGAGGCUUUCCACUAGAGAGAAGAGCCAGGGUGGUUCGAAGAGAUCUGCCACUGGUGCCUCUGAUGAGCUGUCCAGUGAGGAGGACAACGAGGCCAAGGCUCAGAUGUCCCUGUUGAGGCGCAGUGUGGAAGGAGCCUCAGCUGACAGCUUCUUCAGGAGCAGGACUCCACGUACAAGUCAGGCCUCCCAGGAGAAAUCAAGAGCUCCCAGAUGGGGUCCAGUGGAGUCUGACAGCCCUGCUGACUCGGAGCAGGACCCUGCAGGGCACAGUCCGGAGUACCGGUCCGGUAUGAGCGGCAGCUCCCGCAGUGCAUCCCAGCUCGACUCGGAGAGCACGCACCAGGGAUCGGAGACAGACGACAUGCUGUGGGAGGAGCUGCUCCACGGGCCGCAGUGUCUGUCCUCCUACUCCAGCGGCAGCGAGGGAGAGGGAGAGCAGAGCCUACCUUCCACCAGCAGGAGGGGCUCCAAGGAGGAUGUCUUCCAGCAGAACCUCUUAUUCUGGCUGCAGAACUGCAGCCCCUCCUCUGAGAGAGUGAGUGCCAUUAUUUGGGAAGGGAGUGAGUGUAAGAAAGCAGACCUGUCUGUGCUGGAGAUCACUGGGAUCAUCAUGAAUAGGGUCAAUGAGUUUGAGCAGGGGAAGGGAUACCAGAUGUUGGGGAACAUGAUGACGGGCAUCCUGGCUUUGCUUCCCUUCCUUUUCCGCAUCGCUCGCCACCUGGACAAACUGACAUCUCUGUCGGCCGCAGAGCUGCUGUCUGUGUCCUGCGGAGCGAGCCCUGAUAAACGAGUCUGCCUCCUGUGCUUUAUUAACUUUAUCGAGCGCCUGUGCUUGACCUGGCUCUUCUUUUUCAUGAUGCGCGUGGCUGAGAGAACCUAUAAGCAGCGUUUUCUUUCUGCCAAACUCUUUAGUCAUCUGACAUCCGCUCAUAAGGCCAAGAAGUUGGAGAUCCCUCAUUUUCGACUGAAGAAGGUGAAGAACAUUCAAAUCUGGUUGUCUCUCCGCUCAUACCUAAAGAGGCGAGGACCCCAGCGCUCUGUUGAUGUAAUCGUGUCCUCUAUUUUCCUCUUGGCUCUUUCCAUUGCUUUUAUCUGCUGUACUCAGCUUCUUCAUGGUCAUGACACCUUCCUUGAUUACAUCUACAACUGGGAGCUGCUCACUUGGGGAGGCGCGCUCAUCACCUUCCUACUGCGUCUAGCCACCCUGGGAUCAGAAACCAAUAAGAAAUACAGCAACGUGUCUGUACUACUGACUGAACAGAUUAAUUUAUACCUUAAGAUGGAGAAGAAACCCAGCAAGAAGGAUCAGCUGAAUGUAGUGAACAACGUUCUGAAACUAGCUACAAAACUCAUGAAGGAGCUGGAUACCCCCUUCAGGCUGUACGGACUGACGGUGAACCCUCUCAUCUAUAACAUCACUCGUGUGGUUAUUCUGUCCGCAGUGUCGGGGGUUAUAAGUGAGCUGCUCGGGUUUAACAUCAGAUUAUGGAAGAUAAAGACUUGAUAUGAAACUGCAAAUAAAUUAAUCACCGACUGCCUUAGGGACUUGAGUUCCUUCCACCAUAUAUAUAUAUAUAUAUAUAUAUAUAUCUCCUAUUAUCUGUGUAGCUGGGUUGCUGAAAUGUUUAUUGUGCCCACCAGCAAACCAUCUGGAAGUGAGAGUUAAUUUGCUUUGACAACACAGCAGCUCUGCAUUAUACCUGUUCACUACGCUGUCGUCAUGCCGGGGUGGUUCCUGUAGAAAUAAAAACCAAGGAACAAAUGCAAUGGCAAUGUUGAGAUAUUCUUUUUAUUCUAUUGUAUUGUAUUGUAUAGUGUUUAGCUCUCGGAUCCCUAUUAUCCCAGGUACACGUGCAGGUGUAAUAUGUAGCAGAGAGGAUCCUGUUUUAAUAGUUGUAACCUGUGCUGAUCUAAUCCUUAUCCAUACACUGCUGGCAGACUACUGGAGCCCAGUCAGGAUACAGUGGCCACUACACAUAUCAGAGAGAAAUACUGCUGUAUUACAUGCCCUUUUAUUCUGAAUGUCCUCAUGUUUUUUGAGCCUGUGUUCAGCUGACCUGCUUAGUGUUGGUAUCGUAAUGACAGUGCAGCACAGUGUUUGAAGGAGUCAAAAUGGUGCUCUUGUUAAUUCAAGGUACGUUACUGAAAAAAAUACACUUUGAGAAGUCUUAUCUGUUGCAGAAAAGAUUCUACAGACAUGCCAGGAUUGACACGGCCUGCCACUACUUUCUGUAGAGAGGCACGACUUGUAAAAUGUUUCCAUUACAUUUAAUCAGAGGUUAGCAGUGAAUGGUCACCACAGUGCUCUGCCUGUAGCGUCACUUUCAGGAGGGCUGCUCAAACUGUCCCAUUUUCAAAGUUCAGAGGUGUUAACGUACCUCUAAUUGAGACUGAGACAUGCUGACAAUGCGAUGAUACAAUCUCACUGCACUUCAUGUAAAAUAAUCGCUACAAAUAAUGCAAAUUACAUUGAGGGUGUGCUAUAUAUAUGUGAUGCGUACAUUUGUUUUGUAUUAAUGCAGUUUUGUUGGCUGCUGGUUCAGAAUAAAUGAUUGCAUUUGUCA